AACCAAUCCUAAUGUCUACAAGCAAACCUUCUCCUACAGAAACCCCAGCAUCCACAAAUGGAAAAAAACAACCCCCGGUCAUUCUUUGCAUCGGAAUGGCAGGUUCAGGCAAAACAACGUUUAUGCAGCGUAUAAAUGCUCAUUUGCAUGCCAAGAAGACCCCGCCUUACGUGGUGAACCUUGAUCCUGCAGUUGGUAACCUACCAUUCACAGCGAACAUUGACGUCCGCGAUACCGUAAACUAUAAGGAAGUUAUGAAGCAGUACAACCUCGGACCAAACGGUGGAAUUCUUACAAGUUUAAACUUGUUCACCACCAAAUUUGAUCAAGUAUUGGAUUUAAUCGCCAAGAGAGCUGACAGCGUUAGCCAUAUCCUGGUAGAUACACCUGGACAGAUUGAAAUCUUUACCUGGUCAGCAUCUGGCUCUAUUAUCACUGAUACUCUUGCUUCAACCUAUCCUACUGUUAUUGCUUAUAUUAUUGAUACACCCCGUACUACUGCGCCUGCAACAUUUAUGAGCAACAUGCUGUAUGCAUGUAGUAUUCUUUAUAAGACCAAACUGCCAUUUAUUCUAGUAUUCAACAAGACUGAUGUAGUCUCCCAUGAAUUUGCUGUCGAAUGGAUGACUGACUUUGAAAAAUUCCAAGAGGCCUUGAGUCAUGAUACUACAUACAUGAGUAGCUUGAUGAAUUCAAUGAGUUUGGUCCUCGACGAGUUUUACAGUCACCUGAAGGUGGUAGGUGUAUCUGCAGUGACCGGUAAUGGCGUAGAAGAUUUCUUUGCUGCUGUAGACGAGGCAGCAGUUGAAUAUGAAAGGGAUUAUAAGCCUGAAAUUGAAAGAAUGAUCAAAGAAAAGGUAUAUAACAGUUAA